GCACUUGACAGAAUCAGUGACAGCGAAAGACAUGAUCGGGUUCAAUAACACUGGCAAUGUCUGCGUGUGGCCCUCGGAAGAAAUCCUGGCCCAUUAUUUGCUCACUGUACGCGAUGUAUUCCGAGGGAAGAGUGUCUGUGAGCUGGGAGGAGGAAUGACUUGCCUGGCCGGGUUAGCGCUCAGUGCCAGUGUGCCUCUCGGCAAGCUCUUAUUGACGGACGGCAAUCAGCGGUCUGCCGACAAUAUAGCAUGUGUGCUGGCUGCUAACCAUGAUAGAAUGCGGACACAAUCCUACUCCUCCAGGUGUCUGCUCUGGAGUCGAUCAUGUGCCUACGAGAACCUGUGCCAGCAAUUUGAUUUCCUGGUUUGUGCAGACUGCUUCUUCUUCACGGAGUUUCACAUCGAUCUGAUCCAUGUAGUCAAGACGCUCUUGAAGCCAGAUGGCAAGGCAAUCUUCUUUGCUCCUCAGCGCAGUGGAACCCUCAGCAGAUUCACAGAGCUAGCGAAAGAAGAGUUCAAUGUCAGCGUCGCCUCUGAAUACAAUGACAUUGUGCAGGCACAGCGUCAGCAGGCCGUUAAGUGCAGUGACUCUGGCUAUACUGAGGACCUCCACUAUCCAUUGCUUGUUGAGCUCACCUUCAAGGCCACCGCACAGUAGGAGCUGUCUUCCUAGAUCAAUAUCCUUCUUGUGUUGCAUGUCCACUGUGAAACUUGAGCUACUACUGCAUGCACUGUUUUCUGUAGAGCUGUUUUUUCCACCGCCGCUUUCCUAUCCAGCUUGAAAAUUCACAACCUGUGUAUAUCGGUGCUUCAAGGCUUUCUUGAGUUAUGCAGUACUUGAGCCUUCUUCUAUAGUCUUGACUCGACUGAUCAGUCCCGUAUUAUGAAAUAAGUUCAAAUAACCUUAAUUUUUUUUCAUUUGCUAUUUCAAGGAAGUAUUAUCACGGGUGGUAGGGUUGUCGUAGGUUCUUCAAGCAAGCAGGCGAAAGUCGAAUUACGAACAUGCCCGAUUUAAUUUCCUUUUUCUUUGCUUCGUUUUCUGGUCUUGACAAGUAGGUUUCACUGUUGCAGUACAGCCACUGUCGUAGA